GUCAUCAACUUCAAAAUCCCUCUUUAAAGGGAACACGCAAAACCAAAACCCUAAUUCUGUGCAGAACCUCCAAUGGCGUCGUCGUCGGCCAAGCGAUGCCACUACGAGGUUCUCGGCCUCCCCCGUGAUUGCACCCCCGACGAGAUCCGAUCAGCCUACCGCCGCCUCGCCCUUCAGCGCCACCCUGACAAGCUCGUCCAAACCGGCAUCUCCCAAUCCGAAGCCACCGCACAGUUCCAGGAGCUUCAACAAGCCUAUGAGGUCCUCUCCGACCCCAAAGAACGCUCCUUCUACGACUCCCACCGUUCGCAAAUCCUCUUCGCCGACCCCAACUCCUCCUCCAACUCCCUCGUCCCUGACCUCUUCUCGUUUUUCUCCAAUUCCGUCUUCUCCGGCUACUCCGAUUCCGGCAAGGGCUUCUACAAGGUCUACUCCGGCGUCUUCGACAAAAUCCACGCUAAUGAGGUUAAUUUCGCCAAGAAGAUGGGUUUACCUGUUCCUCAGGCUCCACUCAUGGGGAAUUUGGAUAGCCCCUAUGCUCAGGUCACUGCGUUUUACGGUUACUGGAUGGGGUUUUCGUCGGUGAUGGACUUUUGCUGGGCGGAUGAGUAUGAUGUGAUGGCUGGUCCGAACCGGCGGUCGCGGCGGUUGAUGGAGGAGGAGAAUAAUAAGGUGAGGAGGAAGGCGAAGAAGGAGUACAAUGAGACGGUGAGGAGGUUGGCUGAUUUUGCGAAGAAGAGGGAUAAGAGGGUGAUUGAUAUGAAGGUGAAGAAGGUUGCUGAGAUGGAGAAGAAGAAAGAGGAGGAGAGGGAGAAGAAGAAGAGGUUGGAGAAGGAGAAGAAGGAGAGGGCUAUGGCUUAUGAGGAGCCUGAGUGGGCUAAGGUUGAGGAGGGGGAAGAGGCGAGCUGGUUUGAGGAGGUGGAGGAGGAGGAGGAGAAGAAGGAUGAGAAUGAGUUUUAUUGUGUGCUUUGUGGGAAGAAGUUUAAGAGUGAGAAGCAAUGGAAGAAUCAUGAGCAGUCCAAGAAGCAUAAGGAGAAAGUUGCAGAGUUCAAGGAUUCACUUGCCGAUGAAGAGGAUUUAGAAGCAGAGGUGGAAGGAGAAGAAGAAGAUGUAGGAGCCGAGAACGGGAGACCGGAAAGUGAGGAGGGUGGAAUUGAGGUGAAUGAUGAUCAAUUGGAGGAGGUUGAUGAUUUGGAGGAGAGGAUUAGAGAUGGUCUUAAUGUUGCAGAAGAGGAGACUAGAAAUGAGGUUAAACUGAAUGAUGAUGGUGAUGGUAACGAUGAUGAUGAUGAUGAUUUUGAUGCCACACAUUCAAAGGAGAGUGAAAAGGCUGAUGUUUCAGUUGAUUUUGAUGAUGAUGAAAAUGGUUUUCUUGAAGCAAUGGUGGCGGGGCGCAAGAGCAAAAAACCCGGUGCUUCAACACAGAAGCCCAAGGCUUCAGUAACUCCAUCUCAAACUGAGAAUGAGAAUGAGAAUGUGGAUGAAAAUGAGAAUGAGAAUAAGAAUGAGAAUGAUGGGGUUGGCUUUAUGGAAUAUAACAACCAGAAGAGCACAAGAAAGAAGCGUCGAGCCAAGAAAGAGAAGGGUAGGGUGGAUGAACCUCAUGGGGCUGCUUUCAGUGCUAAUUAUGAGAAUAGAAACAGUGAUGGAAAUAAUAAUUCUUUUGCAGAAGAGUCUAGUUCCCAGUAUUCUGUGGAAAAUGAGGAAAAUGGUAAAGAGAAUGAGCAGGUAGGUAGAGAUAAGAAGAGUUCAAAUCAACCAGUUGACAAGAAAGGAACUUCCAAGGAUGCGAAAACUAGAGCAAAAACUUCAUCCAAAGGAAGAAAAGCAAAGGCAUCAAAGAAUCUUGACAAUAUUUGUGAGGCAUGUGGAGAGGAGUUUGAGUCAAGGAAUAAAUUACAUAAGCAUCUGGGCGAUUCUGGACAUGCCAGUAUAAAAGGUCGAUGAGAAAACAACAGUGGGAAUUAUCCAUUCUUCAACAGUGUAACCUUGAGUGAUGUUUAAGUUCGAAAUUUUGCCAGCUUCAAUUAUUAAUCCAUUCUUUAAUUUUUAAGAUAGUGUUUCGAUAAGCCUCUGUAGAAUUAUUUAUGCUACAGUUGAGAAAAAUAUGAAUACAUGAUAUAUUUGCACAAAUUUUGAUGGAAAUUAGUCAUUGUAUUUCUGUCCAUUUUGUAUCAAAAACAAAAAAUGUGUUGAUUAAAUAAAAAAGAUGUUCCAUUUCUUCUA